AUGGGCCAGUGCAACUGCCGCAAGAAGCGCAAGGUCCAUGAACGAUGCCGUGGCACCGGGAGGGCCGGGACCCCCGGCAGGGACUGCCAGGAGCUCACCGACGUGGAGCGGGCCAUCGAGACUGUCAUCAACCAGUUCCACUGCUACGCAGUGAAGGGGCAGAAGGAGUACCUGACCCCCAACGAGAUGCAGGAGCUGGUGGUGCAGAAGCUGCCCCACCUGGGGAAGUGUGUGGGACCGCUGGAAGAGAAGAUCGAAUGCAUGGGAGACCCUGACGAGGCCAAGCUGGAGUUUGGAGAGUACUGGGACAUGAUGGGGGACGCGGCCAAGGGCUGCCGGAGGAAGUAG